GUGUGGACAUUCAGCAGAGAAUAGAAGAAAAAAAAAACUGCCAUGAACACCAAUAUCCCUAAGAGACAAAACAUAAAGAUAUAACAAAGCAACAGACACACGUAUUUCCUGAAUUAUGACAGGCAUAUGAUCAUGUGGUGGGUUUAUCUUCUUUUAAUCAAAUCAAUAUGAAAUAAGAUUCCAACUUGCGUUGAAUGGUGUACAGUAAAAUAACAAUAUUUUUCAGGUGAUCUCGUUAUUUUGAGAGAUUAUUGUACACGUUACAAGGAAAAUGAAACAAUCCCAAAAAUCUAUGGUAUAGGUAGGCUUUGUCUGUCGGAAGGAACAGAUACAUUGUGUAAGGAAUGGACAUGUGCACAACCAAGCUGUAGCAACCCAGUGGUGAACCAGUUUGUAGAGUGCGGUUUAUAUUGUAAAGGAACCUGCAAUUAUGGUGGUAAAGAACACAUAAAAGGAAAGCCAUUCUCUUCACCGUACGGUCAAGAUACAUGUUGGUGUGGUGAAAAUAACGCAAUAUUUUGUACUCACCAGUUCCUGACCUUAGAAAAUCUUUGCAAUACCAAGAAAGAGCAACAAACUGAUCUCUACUUUUCAACCACGAGACUUGGUACGUUAUUAUCCACAUCACGGACAACAACGAUGAGAUUGGGUACAUUAAAACCCACACCACGGACAACAACAUCAACGUCAUCAACAGAAGUCCGCCAUGAUUGCAAACAAUACACUGGAAACGAUAGAAUACCUAUUAAUGAUGGUAAAAGCCGCAUUUGUGUGCCACACGGUACCAGUACAGCAUGUAAGGAAUGGACAUGUGCCACACCAAGUUGUCAACAUCCGAAGUCCAGCGAUCAAAGUACUUGUAAAGCCUAUUGUCAAGGAAAUUGUAAUUAUGGCGGGAAGGAAUAUAAAGUUGGCGAGUCAUUUACUUCACCAGAUGGGGUUAACCAAUGUUUUUGUGGAGAAAACAACUUGGUCAUGUGUUCACAGUUCUCAUACAAUUCGCAGAGUUUGUGUAGCAUUAGUUUGAAAGGUUUAGAAGCAGGAACUACAUUACCCACAGAAGGAGCUAGUUCCUCAGAGGCAACAACAGCUGUAGAAUGGAUACAUGUUCCAACAAAGCCGAUAACCAGGGGACCAGUAAUAACACACCAUGCAGGGUCAUCGGUUAAACGAACGACAGGUUGGCUUCAUAUUGCAGGAUAAUAAAUUAGACCAGAACUGGCAAAGAAAGAAUUAUUCUUGGUUCUUGGUUUAACCAAUGACCAACAAAAAUGACGACAGUUAUAACAGCAUCCUUGGUGUUGACUGUGCAAUAUUUGUUUUUAAUAAAGUUAUU